UUAACAAUUGUAAAACUGUUUGAAUAAAUUUAACAGAGAUCUUAUGCAUUAACUAUUGAUCAUAUGACAGAAAAAAACAUAGUCAAACAUAGUCAAAUAAUGAUCGUUAAGCCACAAAAACAAUCAGAAAAAUGUUUUUUAUCAAGUAUAUAAAAAAGACGUUUUAAGUUCAACAGGCACUGAUGGCAGUAGUAAGUUUAGUAAUAGUUUAAAUUGUCAAACGCCAGACAGAAACGAUCCUCUGCUGUCAGUCACUUCUGUGUUUUCUGUCUCAUCGAUGAGAUCUGCGCUCCUCUGCUCUUCCUGACACUCGAUCAUCCUCGCGCUCUGACAUCCACACAUCCGCCUGUGCAUCGCGGAAGCAGAAGAUAGCUGGACAUAAGCGAUAAUAGCACUUUUAUAUAAUAUUAAGUGGAUUAAUCUCAGAUUUAUUGAUCUUAAUGCACAUUUAAGACUUCUUAAUGACUCUGUAGCAGCAGAAGACGCUGUUUUAAGGAAUAAAAGCAUGCAGUGCGCAGCCUCCUCUCCUCAGGACCCCACACAGGCGAGCGGUGACCGGGCCGAACUGACCCAGCUGCCCGCUAAAGACGCGUCCUCCAUAGACAGCAGCUCUGAUCUGGGCAGCCCCAGAGCGCUGACCUUUGACCUGCUGAACAUGGUGAUCUGCUUCAAGCGGAUGGCCAUCUUCCUGGAGCCGGUCACAGACUCGCUGGAGGUGCUGCGCUCCCUGCUCGGGUGGAGGAUGCCGCUGUGCUCCCUGCUGAGCUGCGUUCUGCUCAACAUCCUCUUCCUCACUCUGAGUGAAGGCGCGUGGCUCUCUGUGCUGCUGCUGGCCGUCUCUGCUCCGGCCGUGCUGGGGUACCUCGGCAACCGUUGCCAGGGCGCGAGCAGCGAGGUGGCGGUUCAGAAGAAGAAACACUAUGCGGUGCAGCGGCGAGACCUGCAGACGGUCCACAUGAGCAAACAGGAGGCCAUGCUGGAGGUCAAGGGCAUGCUGAAACGAAUAGAUGAGCUGCUGACCCAGGCGUGUGUGUGUGCGGAGUCUGUGUAUAAAGUGUUGUACUGGGAGAGCCACGCCAUCUCCUCCAUGUUUUACGGUUCUCUCCUGACGGCAGUUUGUUUGCUGUAUACGGCUCCGGUGGGUUUGAUUCUGUCUGUGCUCAACAGCGCCCUCUUUCUGUGGAACAGAAACUUCUGCAGAGUUCUUUUGGAGCUGAAGGAGUUUGUUCACCCAAGUCGAGUCCAGCCUGCAGAGGAAACUGAACCAUGUGACCCAGAUCAGGCAAACCUGCUGGAACACACCCCCACUCCAACCAGUGCGGAGGAUCUCUCUCCUGGCAACAUUGAAGAGGCAGAGGAGGCGGAGCCUGACGAUGAGUUUAAAGAUGCCAUAGAGGAAUCUCAGCUUGUUCUGCCGGAAACUCCUCUGGCGUUAGUGGUGUGGCCUGUAGCCUAUUAUCUACCAAAGAUUGCGAGGAGAUGGAGAGCCCGUAAGGAUGACGAGGACGUGUCUUCUGGUGCUCCUGAGUUUGACACGGUGUCUGAUAACGGGCUGCUGAGCAGAAACGAGCCCAUCCGCAGUAAAGUGUCCAAACUCACUGAAAAACUUCGCAAGCGCGUCCCUUCCAACACCAUCGGGAACUGUUGCCAGUGCAAUUCAGCGUUUUCUGUUUUAAAGAAAAGGAGAAACUGCAGUAACUGUGGUGUCAGUUUUUGUUCCCGCUGUUGCUCGUAUAAAGUGUUCAAAUCCAUUAUGGGAGCCACAGCUCCUGAAGCCCAAAGAGAGACUGUGUUUGUUUGUUCUAUGUGUAAUACUUUCCUCACCACCAAGUAAGAUUGACCAUCAUCCGGAAAUAAUCUUUCACCAUUGCAAUGCUUUGAAAGAAACUAGGAGAAGAACCACAAUAUGGCUGCUCCAGUGAUUCUCGCUGUUUCUUUCUUCACUGUGGAGCAUUUCAUAUGGAGGACCAAAAUCCUGCAGCUUAUGUUGCCUCAACACUCUUCCUGAGGUUCCUCUGUAUUUUUUGUUUGUCCAAAACUCGUGUGAGUUCCUUUAUGUCUAAAUGGUGACCUUUUCCUUGGAAUAUACUGCUUUCCCCAGUCACCACUACUAUUUAUCAAAGCCUCACACCAAGACCGAUUGGUUUAUUUGGAAUUCACUUUGCUGCGAUAUCAAACGCUGUAGUUUCAUCAACCCUUAUUAUGAAAUCACUUUCCAGAAUUUGAGCUCUUGGUGGGAUAUAUCAGGUUAAUAUCAAGGGUCUUGUUUAUCUGUUAUUAUAUCAUCCUAAAGAGGAAAAAAAAGACCAUGAAAAUGACGUUGGUUGUUAAUUGAACUGGAUGCCAAAACCAAUGAAUCUGAGUGUUUUAUAUGGCUCCUAUAUACUGUCCUCCUAUACCCAGAUACUGUCAAAUCUGAUUAGUUGACAUCAGUGGAAGAAUAUGAGUCAGUUUAAUUCUGUCAUAAACCUUUUGACUAAGCAUUUACAAUUAAACCUUCUGCUAGCUGCUUAUCUGCUUGAAUCCAUGAAUUUUGGUUAUAUAAUUUGUGUAAGUUCAUCAGGAAAAGCUUUAAGUUAUAUAUGUGUGUUUGUUGUUGGAACACCCUCAGAAACCAUUUGUACUAAUCAAAAUAAUAGCAUUAUAUUCUAUCAGCAAAUCAUUCCCAAGAGUACUCCUAUUUGCAUAGUUAUUGAAAGAAUGAACUAUGUUCGUGUCAUUUUAUUUGCCUGUGUGUCUUUAAGCCAAGGUUGAAUGUAAAACCAGUGUUUUAACGGUUAUAGAGCUAUGUAUGUCUUACUACUGCUACUUAAACAUAAAUUCAAAUCUAUUGGGUAGUUAUCCAUAGUAUAGCACCACCCGUUUCCUUGGUUAAAUCUACUGUUACAGAAAUAAACUAUUUAAAUAUGAA